AUGAUUACCUCUAAACACAGAACUUUCUUCUUCUUCCUCAGCACCAUCUUCUUCAAUUCCAAUUCCUUCACAUCAACCCAUGGCAACACCACUUUCUGCCACAAAAUCGAAAAACAAGCCCUCCUAACCUUGAAGCAAUCCUUAAACUUAAACAACUCCACCCUCUCCUCAUGGAACACCACCAACUCCAACUGCUGCACAUGGAACGGCGUCGUUUGCAGCGUUCCAACCAGCCACGUCCACCGCCUCCAUCUCAGUUCUCACUCCUUACAUGGAAAGAUCAAUCUGUCCACUCUCCUCGGCCUCAAGCAUCUCACUUAUCUUGAUCUGAGCCACAACCAAUUCCAAGGUGCAAUCCCUCCAUCCAUAGCGAUGCUAAAAAAUCUCGAGUAUCUGAAUCUAUCCAACGCCGGAUUCCAGGGAGAGAUUCCUCGGUCGAUAGGGAAUCUUUCGAGCCUACGCACUUUGGUUCUAGAAGGCUCUGGUCAGAGAGUGCAUGGGCUUGGAUGGCUGUCUGGUUUAGUCCGUUUGAAGCAUCUCAACAUGAACUUCAUCGACCUCAGAAGCGAAACCAAUUGGUUGGCAAUCAUCAACGCUCUUCCUCGUUUGGCUGAGCUGCAUCUUAGUGGCUGCAACCUUCUGUCACCUCUCUCUACACUUGAUCAUGUUAAUGCCACUUCUCUAACAUUUCUUGAUCUCUCUAGAAACGGGCUUGCCUCUUUCUCUGUUGCAGGGUGGAUUUUCAGACAAGGUAACCUCAGGUUUCUUGAUAUGAGUCGAAACUAUAUCGAAGGCCAUAUUCCAUCUACAAGCAAUACAACGAAACUGCAACACGGUGAUCUCUCUUGGAAUAAACUCAGCUCAGUAAUCCCAGAUUGGAUUUACUCAUGCCAAGAUUUGAAGUUUGUGUAUUUGGGCAACAAUUUCUUGGAAGGUACCAUCUCCAAAAGGGUAGCGAAUCUAACAUCUCUUGACACUUUUAGUUUAAGCUAUAACCAAAUUUCUGGGGAGAUACCGAGUGAGGUCACUAGUUUGUGCGCGAUACGAAUAUUGGACUUUUCUGGUAACAAUCUAGAAGGGAAUAUAUCUGAUUUAUUUGCAAAUAUGUCCCAUUGCUUCUUGGAAGGGGUCGUAACAUGGCGCAUGAGGGAAAAUAAACUGUCUGGUCACUUGACAGACAAGUUUGGCGAGUUCAAGAAACUGACGUUUCUUGAUCUCACCAAGAACUCGAUAUCCGGAGUGAUCCCACACAGUUUAGGUGAAUCAUCGAGUCUAAGGAGAUUAUGGCUUGGAUUCAACAAACUGAGUGGAGAAUUGCCAAUGAGUAUAGGGCAGCUUUCUAACUUGGAAAGUCUUACUUUUGGGAGGAAUAUGUUGGAAGGUAUUGUGAAUGAGACUCACUUUGAAAAACUCACAAAAUUGAAGUACUUGUUUGCAUCUGGAAAUAACUUGAGUUUGAAAGUGAGCCCUGAUUGGAUUCCACCUUUCCCACUUCUGGAGGAGCUUGGCAUUGGAUCUUGGAAUCUGGGGACAGGUUCUGAGAUACCCUCAUGGAUUCAUGGAUUGUAUAAGAAUUUAUCAGUUCUUGAUUUGUCUGAUACUGGCCUAUCUGGUGAAGUUCCAACAUGGGUUUGGGGUGUAAGUAAACUCAACCUCUCUCACAACCAUUUUCAUGGAGAAAUACCUGAUUUUAAACCAUGGGAAAACCGCCUCGCUUUUCCAUAUUAUCGACGUAUGUAUUUGAGUUCAAAUCGAUUUAGUGGCUCAUUGCCUCGGGUAUCAAACGAUAUGAUCGAGUUGGAUCUUUCCAACAAUUCAUUGUCAGGAAGUUUAUCUCACUUUCUUUGUGAUGCCACAUAUGAUACUUAUGUAUUGAAGAUUCUCCAUUUGGGAAACAAUUUGAUAAGUGGGAAAAUUCCAAAUUGUUGGAUGAAAUGGUCUUCUUUGGAGUAUAUCAAUCUAGGGAACAAUUUGAUGUUUGGAAGAAUACCUAAUUCUAUAGGGUUAUUGGCUAAUUUGUUAUCCUUGAAUCUAGAUGGAAACAAAUUUUCUGGAGAGAUACCUUUGUCAAUACAAAACUGCGCCAAGUUAGUGAAGCUUGAUGUUGGUGGGAAUGAUCUUAUUGGGAAAAUACCUACAUGGAUUGGGACAAGCUUGUCCAAUUUGAUGUUUCUUGUAUUGAGAUCCAACAGAUUUAGUGGUGAAAUUCCUUCUAGUAUAUGUCACUUACACACUCUCCAAAUCUUGGAUAUCUCAAGUAAUGAUCUCUCUGGGGUGAUACCUUCUUGUGUACAUAAUCUCACUGCAAUGGCUACAAGUAGAAGUUUUGAAGAAUAUGAUGGUGGAGGGAUACAAUAUUCUCAAGUGUUUGAUACAUUUAUGGAGAGUGUCUCAAUAGAUACAAAGGGAUCAGUGCUUCAGUAUGUUACCAUUCUUGUAUUGGUGACAAGCAUUAACCUCUCUGAUAACAAUCUCUCCGGGGAGAUCCCGGAAGGAGUGACAAGCUUGGUCGAGCUCAAAUUCUUGAAUCUGUCGAGGAAUCACUUGACAGGGCUAAUCCCCCGUAGAGUUGGAGAUAUGAAGCAAUUGGAGUCUCUUGAUCUGUCAAGAAACUCCUUGGUUGGUGAGAUUCCCGUUAGCGUCACAGUACUCUCCUUUCUGAGCCACUUCGACUUGUCUUAUAAUUUGUUGGAGGGGAAGAUUCCAGAAAGUACUCAAAUUCUUGGCAUGGAUGCUUCUAGCUUUGUCGGGAACCGUCUUUGUGGGCCUCCGUUUCCACGCAACUGCACCAAUACUCGUGAAGAAGAGGAGGAGGAUGAGGAUGAGGAUGGUGAUGAGGGCGAGAUAGAUUGGUUUUAUGUGUUGGUGUCGUCAGGAUAUGCUGUUGGAUUUGUAGGUGCGGGUAGUGUAUUGGUGUUGAACAAAUCUUGGAGACAAGGCUAUUUUAUGUGGGCGGAGAGAGUCUGGCACAAGAUUUGUGUUUAUUCCACCAUUAAAUGGGUGAGGCUCAAAGUAGCAUUAGGUGGAUAG